GGUAGUGUGGGCUGCUAGUGAAGGUUGCAAUCAUGAGCAAGCUUUCAGGAGAAGUGCUGCGCGAGGGGAUCUCGGGAGUUCUUGAAGGCUCCAAGACCAAGCAGCGCAAGUUCACGGAGACGAUUGAGCUCCAGAUCGGGCUCAAGAACUAUGACCCGCAGAAGGACAAGCGUUUCAGCGGCACUGUGAAGCUGCCCUACACCCCACGGCCUCAGAUGAAGGUGUGCGUGCUUGGAGACCACAAGCAUUGCGAGGAGGCCAAGGAGAUCGGCGUGGACCAGAUGAGCGUGGAGGACUUGAAGAAGCUGCAGAAGAAUAAGAAGCUGGUCAAGAAGCUGGCCAAGAAGUAUGCAGCAUUCCUGGCGUCCGAGGCGGUCAUCAAGCAGAUCCCUCGUCUGCUCGGCCCUGGCCUGAACAAGGCCGGCAAGUUCCCUACCCUGGUGUCGCACAACGACAAGCUGGAAGACAAGGUGAACGAGAUCAAGGCAUCUGUGAAGUUCCAGCUGAAGAAGGUGCUGUGCCUGGGUGUCGCCAUCGGCAACGUUGGCAUGGAGGAGAAGGAGAUCUACGUUAACUCCCAGAUGAGCGUCAACUUCCUGGUGUCCCUUCUGAAGAAGAACUGGCAGAACGUCCGCUGCCUCUACAUCAAGUCCAGCAUGGGCAAGCCCUACAGGCUGUACUGAGCAACCUGCUCAGAUCUGCAGUGGAUGGACAAAUCUCAGGCAGGUUGGGUGCCUGAAAGAUCUGGAAGCAACAUCAUUGGCUGCUUAAUACUUUUGCUGCUGUUCUUUUCGAAAGGACCAGUGUAGGCGGUGUGGACAUGAGAGUUGUGUUGGAGACUGUUGGGUACCUCGUGUGGGAUGAGGGCAUCCUGUGUGAAAUGCCGCUGCAUUGAAUGUACCAAGUGUCGAGCUGCUGCCACAGUACAGCCCUGUCUUGCGCUCCGCCCACACGGAGAUUGCUAGGGUGCGGCAACCGGCGCCUGGGAGCUCUUUCCAGGGCGACCAGCUUUGCUGCAGGGUGUGUCACUGGUCUCUGCAAGCAGCCUGUGUAAUCGUACCGGGUUGCAAGUCCUCCCUUUCAAUGGAAGUGAUGCAAAAACAAUUCAAAACCUUUAAAUGGUCUCAAUGAUUGG